AUGACAGUUUUCGUCGUGUCUCUUUUUCUUCCUUACGCUGUGACUCGCCAAAAUGAUUCAUGCGGGUCCUCUGAAGUUCAAUCGCCAGCCCCCGCCCGCCUGCCUCAAUGCCUCAACUCACUACCGAGUAGACGUGACGGCGGCUGCGGAAGUGAUACGACACUAGAAGUAGAUACCUUGUCCCCUGGUGCUACCACGGACAACGAGCGCAUAUUUACCUCCGACCCGCGCCUUCCAGCAAGAAAGGGUGUGGGUUAUCCGUUUCCCCCAAUAUCGCAGUCGGAUAAUUGGCCACGCGCAAAAGAGGAGCCUCAAUGGAGUGUUAUUACUGCAAAAAAAGGCAAUGAUGGAUUAGUGGACGCUAUACAUUCUGCUGCGGACGUUGGCUAUCUUGAUGACACAAUGUGGGUGGGCACACUCGGAAGACAAACGGACGCAAUAGAGUGUUGCGAUCGGACGGCCAUUGAGCGGAAACUCAAAGAUGAGUACGAAUCUUUGACCGUAUUUGUUUGUGACCGUGACUUUGACGGGCACUACACGCACUUUUGUAAAACCAUUCUCUGGCCGAUCUUCCAUUACCAGGUGCCUGACAGUCCAAAAAAUAAAGCCUACGAGGACUGCUCUUGGGCCUACUACGUGAGUGUCAACCAAGCUUUUACGGAACGUAUCGCCAAAAAUUGGAAGAGGGGAGAUUCGAUCUGGGUGCAGGAUUAUCACUUGAUGCUGGUCCCAGCCAUGCUCCGAAAGAUACUCCCCGACGCCCAUAUUGGAUUUUUUCUUCAUUCUGCUUUCCCGUCCUCUGAAGUUUUCAGGUGCUUGGCCACGCGCAAGGAGCUCCUUGAAGGCAUGCUCGGUGCUGAUUUGAUCGGCUUUCAAGUAGCCGAGUACUCCGGUCAUUUUCUCCGGGCGUGUGGUAGAAUCCUUUCCGUGGAAGCUACCGACGCAGGGAUUCAGUUAGAGGAUCGUUUCAUAAAGGUGGGAAUAUUUCCUAUUGGCAUUGACCCAACCACUUGGGACCGACGCAGACAAUCAGCCGAUAUUAGGCUCUGGAUGGACUCCAUUAUAACCGCGCACCGGGGAAAACGGCUCAUUGUCUCCUGCGAUAAGAUAGACGCCGUCGGAGGGAUCCGUCAGAAGCUAUUAAGCUAUGAGCAUUUCCUUAAUACAUACCCAGAAUGGGCGAAUCAGGUUGUUCUGAUACAAGUUGCUACUAGCAGCACACAGCAGCCUGAGCUAGAAGCGAGUAUAUCCGAUAUUGCAAUGCGAAUCAACUCCACCUAUGCAACUCUCGACCAUCAGCCCUUGGUAUUUCUCAAGCAGGAUCUUAUGUUUCCGCAGUACCUUGCACUCAUCACGGCGGCAGACGUUUUGAUGAUUACCAGCCUUCGAGAAGGAAUGAAUCUGAUCAGCCACGAAUUCGUUUACUGUCAAGACGGCCGCUUUAAUAACAAGGGGUACGGUUCCUUGAUCCUCAGCGAGUUCACCGGUAGCGCAUCCUUAUUUGGUAAUCAUGCGCUUUUGGUCAACCCUUGGAACGUCCGUCAGUGCGCAGAUGCGAUGCAUACGGCGUUGAUCCGAGACCCAAGGGAACGAAAGAAGGAUUGGGAGCAGCUUCAUCAAUUAGUACUCGACAAUUCAGCAACUAAUUGGGUUAAAUCUUUCAAAGAAAGUAUGGCUUGUGUCUGCCAUAAGCAGUUAUCGCACCGAAGAAUGACAAAGCCAUGUCUCGCCAUCGCUAGUCUCAAAGAGCGCUAUCGACAGGCCAGCCGCCGCAUGAUGUUUAUCCAAUACGAAGGCGCAUUAGCACCCUGGGGUUCCCCGAAUAACGUCUUCCUUGCCACACCACAACGUACAAUCACGACCUUAACCGAUCUAAUAGACGAUUCUGCCAACGAUGUUUACGUGAUGAGCUCGCGAAUGCCGGAGGAACUAGAGAGACAAUUCUGUCGUGUCAUUGGUGUGGGAUUGAUUGCCGAAAAUGGGUGCUUCUUGCGUAAACCGCACGCAAAUGAGUGGAUCCAGCUAGUGGACCAGGCGUAUACUGAUGUCUGGAAAGACGGGCCUUCGCAUAUCCUGAAAUAUUUUCAGGAGCGGAUGGAAGGAAGCUGGAUUGAAACCCGCCACUACUCGCUCGUCUUUCACUAUGGGUCGGUGGCCGACAGAGAAUUGGCUAGGCGUCUUACAGCUGAGUGUGCCGAUCAGAUUAACGAUGCUUGUGAGAGCCAGGGCAUCCACGCCGUUAUCUUUGAUAGUGCUAUGAUAGUGGAGCCCAUAAACACGAAGAAGGCUCUCGCGGCGGAAGAGGUGUGGCGCUACGUGGAAAGCUCCAACAAUCCGAAGUUUGACUUCUUGCUGACCAUCGGUGGGAACCGCGAGGAUGAACAUCUUUUCGAGUGGGCCAACGAGCUAGAGAGCACCGGAGUAGUCGAUUAUACUAUGACAGUGACCAUAGGCUCACACAGUGCGGAGGCUAAGACCACGUUGACACAAGGGGUGACAGGUGUUUUGGAUUGCUUGCAGCAACUGGCCUCCUGCUAG